UUGACACAAAACCUUCAGAUUAUGGUUUAAUAGCGAGCAGUAUAUUAACGAAGACAAUAAGCAUUGUAUUGUCAGUAAUUGAUAUUUGUGAAAGUGUUAUACAAAAUAUCACUUUAACGAAAUACGAUAAAUGUAUGUCCGUUCUGAAUGUCUUUUCAACAGCAUAUAGGGUUAUCUUUCACUGUUAGCACGUGGCUCUUGGCGUUAUUUUUAUCACAGUAUACAUAAAUUAAUUUAGCAGGACCACUGUUGGGGAUUAUUUUGUAGAUUCUUGUCAACGUUUGCAGCGAUUAAUUCUUUUUUACAUUAUAAUUAAUAACAUCUCCUGUCUUAUCUUUAGAUUGACAAUAAUCCACGAUGUGAAAGAAAACAAGAGUACGUGUAUGAAGCACAUAAUGGAUGUAAACAAAAUGGAUAAGAAAUCGACAGGGAACGAAUUAAGAAAUACAUUUGUGUUAUCGGGCGCCUUUACAGCAAUAUUUACUGCUUACCUGGCAAUACAAAAUCUUCAAAGUAGUUUGAACCAAGAGCAAGGCCUUGGAAUCAUCUCCUUGUCAUGUAUGUACGCUUGUAUAAUAAUCUCAGGCAUUCUCGCACCUGUCAUUAUUCAUGUUUUUGGGGAGAAAAAAAUCUUGGUAUUUUCUUUCAUGUGUCAUGUGAUUUAUAUGGGAAGUAAUUUUUAUCCAAGUUUUUCGACAUUAGUACCAUCAUCAGUGUUGUUAGGUCUUACUGCUGGACCAAUGUGGACUUCUCAAAGUGUGUACCUGGCUAAUAUGGCAUAUUCCUACGCAGAAAGAACUUCGAAAAGUUGUCAUCCUGUUCUUAGUAAAUUUAAUGGAAUUUUCUACCCAAUGUAUGAAACCACGCAAAUAACGGGAAACCUCAUUUCAUCUCUAGUUCUUCAACAGGGCGGCUACAGAAUUAGCUCCCCAGUUAAUGCAACGGAAGUAAAGUUUUGUGGCAGUGAAGAUUGUCCUACGGCAGUUCAUGUAUCUAAUAUUAACGAACCCGACCGUGAUCUUGUGAACAUACUACUGGGAAUAUUUUUAGCAUGUGAUGUGUUUGGUGUCUUCCUAACUUCAAUAUUCUUGCCGCCAUUAAAGAAAAUGGCAUCAAAAGAAAAAGCAAAUAUUUUGAAAUCUUUAGCUUCAUGUGGAAAGGGUCUCACAGAAAUAAACCUAGUUUUUCUGAUACCCUUGAUAAUGUUUAUGGCGAUGGAACAAGCGAUUUUAUGGACUGACUAUACUAAGGCAUUCAUCAGCUGCCCAUUAGGAAUUCAGAAGCUUGGAUUCGUCAUGGCAACAUAUGGCGGCUCCACGACAGUAUUCGCACUCAUAUUUGCUCGAGUCUCGAAGUAUACGGGACGAUACGUUUUAUUUGCUCUCGCUGGUCUGGUCAAUCUUGGUAUUUUGAUAACGUUAUAUAUAUGGAUACCAAGUUCUGAGGACGUUUUGCUCAUAUUUUUUAUUCCAGUUAUAUGGGGUGUUUCUGAAGGUAUAUGGCAAACACAGUCUAAUGCCUUAGUUGCACUGUUAUUCCCGGAGAAGAAAAACUCCGCAUUCGCCAACUAUCAUACCUGGAAAGCGAUUGGUUUUACAUUGACAUUUGUUUAUAGUAACUUCCUCUGCGUGUCAACAAAAUUGAUAAUCGCCAUAAUUUUGUUAAUGGUGUCAAUGAUUUUAUAUUUAAUUGUAGAAAUAAGAGUUAAACAAAGUAAAUCUAACAAUGAAAAAGAGACAGAAGAAGGAAAUAAUUUAGAUCCAGACAGCAAUACUUCUAUAUGGUUGAAAAACUCGCAAUUUAGUACAGCACUCAUCGCUUCUGAACAACAGCACUGAUGAAGCAUUUCAUGAAGUCAUUCUUUUUUAUUUUCGUUCCCGCGCUUUUAUGAAGACGGUUGUAAUCAGAUUGUACUACGUUCUCGAUUCGCUGCUGCGGCAUAUAUCCACUGGUGAUAUACCUAAACUGGUGUUUAGUUAUUCCAUCCAUUCUCGCUGGGGAUUUUUGUCGACUAUCCACGAAACAUUUACCUUUGUCUGUGGCUACAAAAUGAUUGCUUCCAAAAUUUCACUUAUAAAUGCUUUUAUCUUGAAUUGACAUGUGAUAUAAUUUUGUAUUCAAUUUUAAAUUUAAUAUGCUAGAAUUGCAAGGGUAGGUCUACAAAGUUUUUGUAUUUCUCAAGUUCCAAAGUAUAUGUCUGUUACUGUAGUUCCACCGGUAACAACACAACUUCGAACUUCAAGUGCAUCAGAGAGAAAUACCAUUCUAUUGAAGUUAUACGUUUAUACUGGACAGAUCGCAACUGGUACUAUAUUUAAAUGAGUUGUUUUAACAUUCAAUGUAAAUAUUUCACACGCACUGCAAUAAGAACUUUUUGUAUAUACUUUUACCAUACUAUUGAACUGUGUCUCUCCAUCAAGAUCAGAGAUGCCGUUACAUUGACUAUUUAUAAAUCCAGUUGGGGGGCCUCCGUGGACGAGUGAUCAAGGUCAAACUUCAAAUCACUUGCCUCUCACCGGUGUGGGUUCGAACUUCGCUCGGGGCGUUUAAUUCUUCAUGUAAAGAAGCCAUCAAGCUGGCUUAAGGAAGGUCGUUGGUUCUACCCAGGUGCGCGCUCAUAAUGAAAUAACGCAGAGUGUGACACCUGUGGUCCGAAGUUCCUCCACCAUCAAAGCUGGAAAGUCGCCAUAUGACCUAUAAUUGUGUCAGUGCGACGUUAAACCCAACAAAAGAAGCAUACAAACAAAUAUAAAGCCUGGUACAUAUCCAUUUUUUCCGACGCUUUGCAAACCGACCGAGAACUUCUUCAUACAAAUUGCAACACAAUGUUACAUUCUUUUUGUGAUUUAAAUUUAGGUUAUACGUCAUCGACUAAUGAAAUGACAAAGCGUAGCGAACUACAAAUACGUAUAUUGUAAGAAUAUUGGGAUAUUACAUGUAUAUACUAUAAAAGUAAAUAUGUAUAUUGUAGGGAAUAAAUAUGUUUGAGCCAAUUAAAUCAAUGAGAAGAUCGUUUAGAAGUACAGAAUACAACAAAUCAAAAAUAAUACAGGACUGAUACCAAAGGACCUGCUGUACGGGGAACUUGCAGGCGGCCACACCUUCGGUCUGCAAGAGAGACCUAAAAGCAUGCGGCAUAGACAGGUUCCUGGAAGUCAUUAGCAGGAGAUAGGCAUGUCUUGUAUCAGGAGGUGACUAAGGGAUCGAAGGCAGGACAGGAAGCCUUCCGAGACGCGAAUUGUGAAAAGAGGGCCAGACGCAAAGCCAGCCAGUCAAGGGACGUCUUCAAACAACACGGAGCAUCAACACAUGUAUGCCAGGGAUACUGCAGGGUGUGCGCAACACGGAUAGGCCUGUGAAGUCAUGCCUGAAGACGGCCAUCCACUUCCACCCACGGCACAACACCAUAGUCGACGUCGACUGAAGGAAGCCAACAACAUAGUAGUUGUUCCACCGCUGAUGGCUCGUAUCAGCAUUCGUCAGUAGAACUCUGUUAUUCAGAAAUAUUGAAAGGAUUACAUGAUCUCAAAGGACCAGAAAAUAAAUAUCACUUAAUCCAAAUCUUCAAUACAGUUCAAAUACCGUAUUUCCGUAACACAAUAUAUAAGAGGACAUUUGUUAAUUUUCACAAAUACGAUAUCUAUCUGUCACUGCAAAAGCAGACAUCCAAUAUUUUCAAGGAAUGCCAUUAUACUAUCACAAAAAAUUAAAGCGAUACAGUACUUGAGGCUUAUAUAUAACUUAGAAUUUGAGAUGAAAAACGUUAGGAUAUUAACUUCCUAGAUUUAAAAAAUACCUCCUAUACUAGGAUGAUAUGCAUAACAAAACCGAAUUAAAGGACAAUUACAUGCAAAAUAAAAAAUAAAAAAACAUAGCACUCAUCAUUACCAUUGUUCAGGUAGCAGAUUCCAGUUGUUUUUUUCUACUUUUCUCAAGCCGGCCUGUUGACUGUUAUGUAGAGCCACUCUGGAGAGGUUGUACUGUAUAAGAUGAAUUCUAAGAUUCUAAGAUGAAUUCUUGGCGUGAAAAGAUUUACCAAUUUGUCAGCACUGUACGCAGAUCUGGGAAGGGUACUAUUUGUAAUCCAAAGCAAGAUAAAUCUGAUAAAAUAUUGGAUUGAAAUAUUAUGUCAGUUUGAUUCACUCCAUGUCAAAUAGCACAUUUGAUGUUAAAAUAUGAUGCUGAUCAAAACUGUUCAUAUAAUGGAAAGAACUGGGCUUUUCAAGUGAAAUGUAAUUUAAAUCAAAGUGUGGAAUGAACAAUUAAAUAUAUGUUUUCCUUUUCAACUUACAAAACAACGAAUUUUAGAUACAUAUUUAUAGAAAUGGUAUUCAGACGUAAAUAAUUUGAACCGGGUUCAAUCAUAUUGUAUAUUUAAACAAGAUUUUUUAAAUGGAAAAUUGCAUAGGUGUUUUAACUGAACCCAAAUAUAGAUUCGUCUUGUCUAAAUUUAGAACCUCUUCGCAUAGCAAGAAGAUAUGAUGAUACACCUCGAGAGCAAAGAAUAUAUAGGUUCUGUAAUAUGAAUACGUUGAAAGCGAAUUUCAUUUGUUUGCUGGUUUUCCCAAAAUUCCGUGAGCUAAGAAAUCAAUAACACAUUUUUCUCAUUGGCCAACAAUGAAGAAAAUUUAAACUCUCCUGCCCUCGAAAUCUAGAAAGACUAAUUUUGACUUGUCAAAAUAUAUUUAUUUUACUACCAAAAAGAAACACAUUUCGUAAAUCCGCUCAACAUUACAUUUUAAUAAUUUUAUUGUCAAUACUUGAACUGAACACAUUUUAUAUGGAAAAUAAUUUUCUAUUUAAAGGUCCAUUACUAAGGGAAAGUGAGUUGGCAAUUUGUUUCAUAGCCAGUGCAUAGACUUCUGCAAGACACUAAAUAAUGAAGAUUGGCAGGUCAAAAUUUACAGAAGGUCUUUGGAACUCAAAGAAAUGUAUGUGUAUUAUGUUCAAAUUUCAAUGAAUCGACAGAAUGACCCCCCAGGUCUUUUUAACUUUCUUCAUACUUCAUAGAAAAAUAAUUGUACAUAUACUGCGAUUUAUUUCGAAUUUCUACAUACCAACUUUCAUUUUCGAAUAAAAUGAAAUAGUUUCUGUGCUUUUUAAAAGAAAUUAAAAUGUUCACUUUCCUUAGUAUUGGAC